AUGCGGGCCACUCUGGCAGCGGCAGCGCUGGCAGUGGCAAUGCUGGCCUCAACGCUGCCUCCUCAGGAUGUGCAGCCGACAGGGGUCCCCACAUUCCUUAUACAAAGGAGCACCUUCUGCCUCCAACCAGCACUGCUCCUGUGGCAAGCAUACAUCCUUAUUCAUGUGAUUGCUGCCUUGUAUGAGAGACUGCCCACCUACAGUGCCACAGGCACCAACAGACAAUCCGUCACUCUCAAAUGUAACACAGGAAGCUCUGUCAGCAAUGAAGUAGACUGGUAUCAGCUUAAAGAAGGGGAAACUCCCAAGCUCCUGAUCGGGUACACCUUUGGCCAGGGGACCAGGAUAAUUGUAAAGAGCCGAGCGCUGGCUUCACCGGUAGUCAGUCUGCUUCCUCCUCCAACUGAAGAGCUCGCAAAGAACCGGGCAGCGCUUGUGUGCCUGGUCGACAAAUUCCACCCAGACAUCGUCGAAGUCGUGUGGAAAAUCGACGACAAGGGACAGACCGACGGGGUUCUCAAAAGCAAAUCCCUCAAGGCGUCAGACAACACGUACAGCAUGAGCAGCAUCCUCACUCUGACACGGGCAAAGUGGGAGUCCGGCGAAAAAUACUCAUGCACCGUCAAGCAUGAAAACUCCGCAACCCCUAUUGAGAACACCAUCAAUAGAAGCCAAUGUACAACUGUGUAAUAGUAGCUGAGAAGUCAAACCAUUGCCAUUGUUUCAAGAUACUGGUUUAAAUAUUGAUAUAAAUACAGUAGUAGGCUACAUAGCUGUAUACCGUUCUAACAUGUUAGUGCUUUUAGCUGUCUGGGCUUUUUGUUAUGUAAUAUGAAUGACUAACAGAAUACAAAUAUGAUAUGAUAUUGA